AAGUGCAAUUUCUGGCAAUCAGAGCUGAAUUGCCAGAAAACGAUGAAAUUCUCGGAGCAGCCGGGGCAUCAGCCUUUAAUGUUUUAUGCUGUGGCAUUGUGCCUCUUAGCCACAAGUGUUCUUGCCAAUAACCCUUACACUUAUUCUUCACCUCCACCACCUAAUCAUGCGCAACAUUACUACAAUUACCCCCCACCAAAGCACUCUGUUCACCCACCAUACCGUUACAAGUCACCCCCACCACCAAAGUAUGUGAAGUCCCCACCAUACCACUACAAGUCACCACCACCUCCACACUAUCACCAUAAGUCUCCACCUCCAUACCACUACAAGUCACCACCUCCACCAUCCCCUUCACCUCCUCCUCCUUAUGUCUACAAGUCUCCACCACCUCCGUCACCGUCACCUCCUCCUCCAUACGUCUAUAAAUCUCCACCACCACCAUCUCCAUCACCGCCGCCUCCAUACGUGUACAAAUCUCCACCUCCACCAUCCCCAUCACCUCCUCCUCCUUACGUCUACAAGUCACCACCACCUCCAUCACCAUCACCGCCCCCACCUUAUGUCUACAAGUCACCACCACCACCAUCACCUUCACCUCCUCCUCCCUAUGUCUACAAGUCCCCACCACCUCCAUCUCCAUCACCUCCUCCACCCUACAUCUAUAAAUCACCACCACCUCCAUCACCUUCACCUCCUCCUCCCUAUGUUUACAAGUCACCACCACCUCCAUCACCUUCACCUCCUCCUCCAUACGUCUAUAAAUCUCCACCACCACCAUCUCCGUCCCCACCUCCUCCUUAUGUGUACAAAUCUCCACCACCACCAUCUCCAUCACCGCCGCCUCCAUACGUGUACAAAUCUCCACCUCCACCAUCCCCAUCACCUCCUCCUCCUUACGUCUACAAGUCACCACCACCUCCAUCACCAUCACCGCCCCCACCUUAUGUCUACAAGUCACCACCACCACCAUCACCUUCACCUCCUCCUCCCUAUGUCUACAAGUCCCCACCACCUCCAUCUCCAUCACCUCCUCCACCCUACAUCUAUAAAUCACCACCACCUCCAUCACCUUCACCUCCUCCUCCUUAUGUCUACAAGUCACCACCUCCUCCUUCUCCUUCACCUCCUCCUCCUUAUGUCUACAAGUCACCACCUCCACCAUCACCUUCCCCUCCACCUCCUUACCACUACAAAUCACCUCCACCACCAUCAAAGUCUCCACCACCUCCAUACCAUUAUAAAUCUCCACCUCCACCUUCACCAUCACCACCACCUCCUUACCACUACAAGUCUCCACCACCACCAUCCCCAUCACCUCCCCCUCCAUACAUCUACAGCUCACCUCCUCCUCCAUUGAAGUCUCCACCACCUCCUGCAUAUUACUACAGGUCACCUCCACCGCCUUAUACUUAUUCUUCACCACCUCCACCAAAGCACUUGGAGACCCCUCCAACCCAUUACAAGUCCCCCCCACCACCAAAGUACGUAAAACAUCCACCACCUCCAUCACCAUCACCCCCGCCACCCUAUUAUAAGUCUCCACCACCACCUUCUCAUUCGCCGCCUCCUCCUUAUGUGCACAAAUCUCCUCCACCACCCACUCACUCACCACCUCCACCAUAUGCUUACAAGUCACCACCUCCCCCUUCUAAAUCACCACCUCCUCCAUAUGUCCACAAAUCUCCUCCUUAUGUCCACAAGUCACCACCUCCACCAUCAUAUUCUCCUCCACCUCCUUACCACUACAAGUCACCACCACCACCAUCUCCAUCACCUCCCCCUCCAUACCACUACAACUCUCCUCCUCCUCCAGUGAAGUCACCUCCACCUCCCCAAUAUCACUACAAAUCACCUCCACCUCCAAAACACUACUAAGCUUUAUGGGAUUUUAGCGACCUGAACCAGUCCAAAUAAGUUCUUCGUUUCGAUGUUCCAGCGGUAUCACUUCUUUUUCUAGCUUUGUUCUAUUCGCAGACAAGUGUGUUUGUGAAUAAUAAAGGUCUGACAGAACCCUUCGUGUAUUCUGUCGUAAGAACUCACUGUAUCAAUUAGUUUAUUUUCCUUCUCCUUCUAAAGAAAUGAAAGCAAAGAGUAUUUCAUAUA